AUGCUGACGUCUUUUGAACGCGGCGUAUCCAAAGAAUGGGUGGAUUUCCACCAGAUGGCGCCGAGCAUAUAUAAGGAGGACGGUCCGCUCAGCGAAACCGUGAAAAAUUUGAAGUCCAAGGCGGUCCAGGAGGCGGUGGAGGCUCACAACUGGAACUCGGUCAAGGAGUACUGCCGAACCCUGGACGGGCUUGUUUCCAAUGGGUUACGAAAAAAGGUCUGGCCGGCGCUUCUAGGCGCUCUGGACGUGUCGCUGCAUCUCCAGACUUUGGACCACUUGAACACAAAUGAUCUUCAGGAACACAAGGACGAGGACCAGGUGCUAUUGGACGUCAAGAGACUGUUUACCGUGACGUGUAUGGCGCCACAGGGGACCGAGGACCUUGAGGAGUUGCGCCGGCGGCUUUUUGGGCUUGUUGUGAGGGUCUUGAGGAAAUACCCCCUGUUGAACUACUACCAGGGUUUCCACGAUAUCGCCAGUGUGGUGCUCCUUGUGUGCUACGAAAACGGCCGUUUUGACGAGACUACCGCCACGGCGAUUUUGGAAAGACUCACCGUGCUCCACCUCCGUGACUUCAUGCUUCCAAACAUCGACCUCACCGUGAACCACUUGAAGGUUGUGGCGGCGCUUCUAGAGGAAACAGACCCGGUCUUGUUCCAGAUCGCCUCCGUGUCGUCCCAGCUGUUCCAGAUCACAAACGGCCUGUACUACGACUACAAGUUCAUCGAGCCGCUCCUGCUGAUUUUGACCAUCUUCAGCCACGACAUCACCGAUGCAGCACUUCUACUUCCCGUGUGGGACUUUGUGCUCAGCUACAACUCCGUGGCGGCCUCCUUAUACAUUUACGCCGCUGCCUUAAUCCAAUUCAAGAAAGACAUCAUGACCAAACUAGACCUCGACGACGACACGAACGCUAUGUACCUUAUUGACCCGGCCCAGGCGCAUGCUGCGCUCAGUGCCUCCAAUUUGUUUACUGAUAUCUCCGCUGAGGACCUUCUGCGGAUCUUGGGCAGGGCCCGCAAGUUGAUCGAGAAGCAUCCGAUGCUGGCAUUUGCCAAUAAAGAGAAAACCAUCGAUUCGUGGUUCGCCCGCUUCAACAAGGACUCUGUUCUUGUGACCUCCUCCAGCUUGGAGAAACAACAGAACAUGGAACAUCUUUUUGAUGCCGACGAGUUGGCAAAGAUCUUGCAACUCCAGCACGAACAGCAACAGGCGGAAAGCAAACACGCUAGUGACAUUCUUGCCGACGAAAUAGAACAGAGCGCCUUGACGGACUCUAUUGCAUCCACCGAUGACGACAUCAACUCUACGAGAAUGAACCUGCUUUCGUCAUCCUUGUCCAGCUUCAGCGCAGCCUCCAACUCUCUCAACAACACCUUGGUGAACAAGUCGUCGAUGUUGUUCAAGAAGAUGUUCAGCCACUCAAGCGACAGCAUCAACGACGAAAGCUCCGUUGCCAAGCGCAGCAAGAAGAGAGCUUUACGCCUGAACAUCUACAAGGUAAGUGUGAGCGUUGGUUUUGUUGGAUUUUUGAUUCACUGCUUGCUACGCCACAGCGAAAUUACAUUAAGAAACUACCCACUUGGGCCCUUUGGCCUGUUCAACUCCAUUAGUGCGUCCGUGGAGUCGUUUCUUCCCGACACCAUUGCAACAGUCCGCCAUGGCUUUCGGGAAGUUGCAGGUGGUAUCACCUCGAAAUUUGGCGAAGCGCUCAACGCUGGCAUUGACGUUACCCACAUCGGAAUAGGUACCUUGCGUGAUUCCAUCUAUAUCGUGCGCAGAUGA